UCUUUUCUUUUCUUCUCUUUGUUUUGUCUUCAUAAUCGAAAUAUAUUUGUAUUUUUCUUAUGCAAAUACCAUCGCCAUUCGAUCUGCUCAAAGGAACAGUUUACGAGCACUACACAGUCUCGGCAAUCAAGCUCACUGGUGGCCUGGUAAAUCAUGUUUGGCGGGUGAGCGACAAGGACGGGUGCACAGUGAUUGUCAAAUACGCAGGCAGCACAAUGUCGGCGUUUCCAGAAAAUGCAUUCUCCACCGAGCGCACUGAGUUUGAGGUCCGCGGACUUGCUCUGCUGAAUGGAAAACGGCAGCUGGCCACCGGAAUCGCACAUGUCCCGGAGCUGUGCGUGCUCAGUGAGCUCGGACAAGCAAUGGAAAAUACCCCCGGAGUACAUAUUCCGCAACUGCUGCAUUACAAUAGCUUGGUGCCGUUUAUGGUGCUCGAGGAUAUUGGAAACUUGAAGCCCUACAAUGCCUGGUACGCGCCGAAUCAUUCCCAGCCGCCCAUGGUCGACCUGCUUCUUGUGAGCCAAGGCGUCGGCGAGUGGCUCGCGCGGCUGCACGCGUUUGGAUUUGAAAACUACGACAAGCUGGAAGAGUAUUUCGUAAACUUGCCGGCUCGACAAUUCAUGGGGACAGUGUUUUACGAUAUGCUUUGUAGGAGGCUGGCCGAACACAAGGAGUUUGCCAAUGAUGGAGACAAGCUUAUAACGCGCGUUCGAGACUUUUGCCAAGAAAUAAACGAGCCCAAAUCCGCUGGGAAAACACUUUUGUUUGGCGACCUGUGGUCUGCCUCCGUUUUAUUUAACCCAAAGUCGCGCACAGUCAAUCUGCUGGAUCUCGAGUUUUUUGACGUUGGUUUUAUUUACAACGACGUUGGCCAUUUUGUCGCACACCUGCUGCCCCUAUACUACCUUUGUAAUCCAGAGUACAACCCAAACACGGACCCGUGUCCAGAGUCAGUGACUGCGUUUUUGAAUGCGUACAAGGAAACGCUGAAGGGUGAGUGUCCCAGAGCAUACACUGCGCUUGUUUCUCCUGGUGCAGUUAAGCAGUCGACAAUAUUUUUUGGCAUGGAAAUUUCGCGCGAUGUGCUCACUGGGUACUGGUGCAGGUGCAGCAAGGGCGGUGAUGCCAAAGAUGAGAUGCCACUGACUUGCGUUUGCGCGGAUGAGCUGCUCCCAUUUGCAAGAAAGUACAUAAUGAACACCUCCGAAUCGAUUUUCAACGUACUCAUUUGAAUACAAAAUAAAUAAUGAUAUAUCUGCC